AUUAAAAGUUUAUUGGAGCGCGAGGAGGUUCGGUCUCACUCACAGUACAGGAUACUUUAACUUCACCUCUCCGUUAAGAAGCGAUGUUUAACUAACAGGUCGAGCGCGAGACACCGGUUAUGUCUUUGGCGGAUCAGAGUCUGCAGUUUUUCCCGGUGAGCGCGCGGGUGUCGGUGCUCCGUGCGCGGGGCCUCCGGAUCAAAGGGAAAGAUGGCACUAAUGAUGCGUAUACGGCACUGCAGGCGGGCCGAGAGACGUUCCGCACGCCGGUGGCGGAGAAGCUCGCGGAGCCGGUGUGGGGCGGGAACGACGCCGCUUUCAUCUUCACACUGCCGGCGGACGGCGCGCGCACCGAGGACGUCGUGCCCCUGCAGGUGCGCGUGUUUCACCGCGUCCCGCUCGGAGCGGACAAGUUGCUCGGACUGACCGUCGUUAAUGUGCACGAGCUCCGGCAGAACAGCGCGCGAGAGAACCCGCAGUGGUUUAAGCUGUUAAAUAAGGCCGGGAAAGCCGACAAGGCGCGUGGUGAGGUUCUGCUGGACAUUCAGUUCCUGAAGAGCAGCAUGAGCGUCAGCAUGAUUGACCUCUCUGACAAAUCACACUCGCGCCUCGGAAAGUUUAAGGACAAACUGCGGGGCAAAAAGAAAGACGGGCUGAGCGACUCAGCCUCCGCCAUUUUGCCUUCGGUCACCCAGAUUCUGACUGACAGUGAGGGAGAGAUGGACGGAGAGACGGAGGGAGAGUCGAAAAAAGAGAAAAAGAAGAACAAACUAAAGUCUCUUUUUGUACCUAAAUCCAACAUGAAGCGUAACUCUCUGUCUCAAUCCAUGUCCUCUUUAAAGACGCUUCCUGAUAAAAACUCCUCCAUCAGCUCUAGCACGUCUUCAGGCCUCAACGUGGACGCUUCAGAAGGAAAGAAAAAGAAGAAAUUUACUUUUUUAACACACAAGCGGAAUGGAAGCACAGACAGCAAGGCAUCCAAUCAUAGUGACCUCACCUUUGGCUCGGCCAAUCAGAAUCCUCCGCAACAGCCCGAUAUAUGCAUAAAUGGUAGUCAUGUAUACAGAGAACAAAACCAGCCUGAAGAAGUGCAGGAAAUGGAGGAGGAUGAGGAGGGGGAGAAUGAGGAAGAAGAGGAGAGCUGGACAAGAGAGGAAGAAGAACAGAAACGACUGGAGGAAGAAAAGAGGAGGGAAAUUGAAGAGGAGAGAAUGAGGAAAGAGAAAGAGCAGCACAGAAAGGUAGAGGACGAAAAAGAAAGGAUAAGGCAUGAGAGAGAGAAAGAGGAGCAAAGGAGAAGAAAGGAGGAGGAAGAAAAUGAGAGGAUAAUGAUGGAGAGAGAGAAGGAAGAAGAAAGGAGAAGGAUGGAGGACAAAGAAAAAGAAAGGAUAAGGAUGGAGAAAGAGAGGGAAGAACAUAGGAGAAAGAUGGCAGAGGAGAAAGAAAGGAUUAGGAUGGAAAGAGAGAAGGAGGAAGAAGAAAGGAGAAGGUUGGAGGAGGAAGAAAAAGAGAGGAGUAGGAUGGAGAGAGAGAAGGAAGAACAAAGGAGAAAGAUGGCAGAGGAGAAAGAAAGGAUAAGGAUAGAAAAAGAGAGGGAAGAAGAAAGGAGAAGGAUGGAGGAGGAAGAAAAAGAGAGGAUUAGGAUGGAGAGAGAGAAGGAAGAACAAAGGAGAAGGAUGGCAGAGGAAGAAAAAGAGAGAAUUAGGAUGGAGAGAGAGAAGGAAGAACAAAGGAGAAGGAUGGAGGAGGAAGAAAAAGAGAGGAUUAGGAUGGAGAGAGAGAAGGAAGAACAAAGGAGAAGGAUGGCGGAGGAAGAAAAAGAGAGGAUUAGGAUGGAGAGAGAGAAGGAAGAACAAAGGAGAAGGAUGGAGGAGGAAGAAAAAGAGAGGAUUAGGAUGGAGAGAGAGAAGGAAGAACAAAGGAGAAGGAUGGAGGAGGAAGAAAAAGAGAGGAUUAGGAUGGAGAGGGAGAAGGAAGAACAACAGAGAAGAAUAGAUGCAGAAGAAAGAGAUAUGUCGUGGAUAGAGAAAGAGGAGAUAAAGAGAAAGUUGGAAGAGGAAGAAAGUAUGAGGAUGAAGAGAGAAAAGGAAGAACAGAUGAGAAGGUUGGAGGAGGAACAAAAAAAGAAAGAGGUGGAGGCAGAAGAGUUGAGGAGAAAGAUGGCAGAGGAGAAAGACAGGAAAAGGGCUGAGGAAGACGAAAAGAUGAGGAUUGCUGAAGAGGAAAGGAAGAAGGAAGAGAAGAAAAGAGCAGAAAGAGAACGAAUGAUGGCGGAGGAGAAAAAACUGAGAGAGGAGAAAAGGAUUGAGACGGAGAGACGGUUAGCAAAUGAGAAAAAAGCCAGGGAGGAAGAAGAGAGAAAAGUAGCAGAAGAGAAGGAGAAACAACGAAAAGGAGAACAAGUCCGAGAAGAAAAAGAGAGGAAAAGGAGAAAAGAAGAGGAGCAGGAACUAAGGAAUAUGGAGAUGGAGGAAAGGAAAAAGAAGGAAAAACAGAUGAGAGAAGAGCAGGAGAGAUUGGGAAUGGAAGAAACUUUAUUUGAAGAGAGCGUCAUCUCCCAGUCCACUGACUUCACACGUUCAGCCAGAAUCUCUGCUAAACCAAGUGUGUCUGUCUCUCAACCGUCUAUGGCAAACACCAACCCCUUUUUGGACGACGAUUUAGAUGCCGGCAUUUUUAUCAGCAUUGAAGAGAAAACUGCUAAAAAAGGACAUGCCCCAUUACCCCCGCAAUUGACAGGAACUAAUGUUGCCUCCGGAGGUGUUCCUAAACAGCUUUCCCAUUCAAAAGAAGUCUCAAAACGUCAAGCACCUCAACCACCAGGUAUGCUGAAGAUGACCAGAGAAGGGGUCGUCAAAGCAGGCUUUGAUCUAGGAGCAAGGAAAGAGAGACCGCAUGAGAGCAAUGUCUUGUCAGUCUCUCAAGAUGACAAUCAAGUUGUUACUAAUCCAUUCACAUGUGAUGAACCAGUGCCUGUAAAACACAAGAGACCAGCACCAAAACCAGGAAGUGGGAUAUCUGCGUCUAAAGAUCUUGGCAAUAUCCUAACAGAAAGAACUUCUCACCUUGAAAAAAUAGGAAGUGCUUCUAGUAGCAAAGAUAAUCCACCAAAAGAUAUUACACUCGAAGAUGUCAGAGAUGACCUUACUGAUGAACUGUCAAAAAAAGAAGAACGUCUGAAGCACAUAAUUGAGCCCGACACUGCAAAACCAAAUGCUCCAUCACUUGCCAAUUGGGAUUUGUUUCCAGAACCUCUGGUUUGCAGAACUGAAGGACUGCCAACCAUGGAAAGAUCCCAAAGAAAGCCUAGAGCUCCUCUUCCUCCAAAUAAACCCAAAAGAACUGGAGAUCAUAGCACACAACACCAGCAGCAAGGUCUUACAUAUAAGACUAACUUUGACCAAGCCCAAGAGAACGCAACUGUUUCUAGUAUGGAGACACCUGCAAACAACGCUCCUACAUUAUCCACUGUUUCAUCCUCAACGUUCAAUUCACUUCAUGAUAAAUCACAAGUCAUGAGACCUUGUGCUUCCGGGUUGGUGGAGACGGGUUCUGGUUCUAGGUUGGGUAAAGUGGUACCCAAUGAUGCAGGUGAAGUAAGGGAAGAAGUUGCUCCCACCUCAGUAAUCAGGCAGCAUGCUGUGAAACCCCUGAGCACUGCACAGAAACAGCCUGAAACUCACGAAUCUAGAGUAACUGACAAAACUCAGCCCAAUACAAAGGCUGUAGAAGCGGUGAUGAAAGGUCCGUAUUCUCAGUUGACACAGGCUGAGCUGAUCUCUCUGGCAUUGCGGCAACAGGAACAGAUUUCACAGCGUGAUACCAGGAUCCAGGAACUGGAGCAAUACAUUGAUAACCUGGUGGUGCGUGUGAUGGAGGAAAAACCAAGCAUUCUGAUGAACCUGAACACAAAGAACAAAUCUAUGUGAGCACUCGGACAACAGGAGGUGCUGAAGAAAGUGCAGAGUG